AUGGACGAGGCCGUUUCGGCCGUGUCGGCCGCGCUAUCCUGUGCGGCACCCGCAUCGCCGUCAACGGCGGCGGCGGCGGCGGCGUGGGUGGGACCAGCGGCAUGGGUGGGAUUCUCGUGCGCGCUCGCGCUCUUCAUGGCGGCGCGAGGGUUCAGGAAGCGGUCGCUCUCCGCAUCCGGCGCUGCUGCGGCGUUCGUCGUGGGAUCGCUCACCAUGACUGCCGGGGCCAGGUUCGGCGUGACGCUGAUUGCCUUCUUUCUGUCUUCGUCAAAGCUGACUCGGCUCGGCGCGCAGCACAAGCGACGCGUGGAGGAGCGCUUCAAGGAGGGCGGCCAGCGCGACGGGUGGCAGGUGCUGAGCAACAGCAUCGCCGCCACCACUCUGGCUCUGCUCUUCCUGGUGCUCGUACUCUCUCCUGGAAGCUUCCCCCGUGACAGGUGUUGGGAGAGUGGGGGAGGGGAGCAGCAGCGGUGGGAGCGCAUGCUGUUAGCUGCCUUCCUGGCGCACUAUGCUGCCUGUGCUGGGGACACGUGGUCGUCUGAGAUUGGUGUGCUCAGCAAGAGCCCCCCCCGCCUCAUCACCACACUGCAGCAAGUGCCUCGGGGCACGAACGGGGGAGUGUCACUCAUGGGCCUGGGAGCGGCAGCAGCAGGGGGCGCGUUCAUGGGAGCUGUGUUCCUUGCCUCUGGUCUCCUCUCCACUGCCCUCUGCUCCUCCAACCUCGCUGUUCCUUCUACUCAAUUUAUUCCUGCCACCGUCACGCACGUGCAUUUUACCAGCAAGUUUACAGACAGUAGCGUCAAUUCCUCCGCCUCCUCCUCCUCCUCUUCCUCCUCUUCCUCCUCCUCCUAUUCACCGGACUCGAUGGAAGGUACUUCUGGUGCUGGUUCUGUCGCUGAUGGUGCUGGUGCUGGUGCUGGUGGUGAAAGACGGGAGGAUAGUGAGGGGCGAGAUGGGAGCAAGAGACAUGAGACUGAGCAGCAGCAACAGAAAGAGCAACAGCAGCAGCGACAGCAACAGCAGCUUGUGUGGCUGCAGGUGCUAGCAGUGCCGCUGGGGCUAGCAGCAGGGUUGGUAGGCUCUCUUCUGGACUCGCUCCUGGGUGCAACGCUGCAGUACAGCGGAUUUUGCCAAGUCAGGAAAAAGGUGGUAGCAGCACCAGGCCCAUCAGUGAAGCACAUAUCAGGCCUCAGAUGGCUCUCCAACGAUGCUGUCAACUGCAUAUCAGCGCUCACCAUGUCUCUCCUGGCUGCCGCAGCCAUGUCAAACUUAUAG